AUGGAGUUGGUAGUAGGUGCCUCAAACACUACCAUGAGGUCUCUCCUGGGCAAGCUGGGUGGCCUUCUUGCCCAGGAGUAUGCUCUGAUGAGUGGAGUCCGUGGCGAUGUUCAGUACAUCAAUGAUGAGCUUGCAAGCAUGCAGGCCUUUCUCCGUGACCUGAGCACUGCCCCAGACCGUCAUGACAACCGGCUCAAGGACUGGAUGAAGCAGAUCCGUGACAUGGGCUAUGACAUUGAAGAUUGCAUUGAUGACUUUGCCCACCGCAUCCCCCGAGAUCCCAGCAGUGAUUUCAAAUGCUUAUUCAUCAGGACAAGAUUCUACGAACUCCGGACGUGGUGGCCUCGCCGUAACAUUGCGUCCAAGAUUGCUGAACUCAAGGUGCGGGCGCAACAGAUUGGUAAGCGCCGUAGACGAUAUGGAGUGGACAACCCAAUCAACUUGAACAAUGGUCCUCUUGUUCGUGCUGUUACGUACGAAAUUGCUGAGCAUCAGCUCACAGGCCAUCAGCUCAUUGUUACGAAGGAACCUGUGGGGGUGACGGCUGACAUGAAGAAGCUCGAGGAUUGGUUGGACUUGGACAAACCUGUUGAAAUGUGUGAUAAGGAGCGAAUUGUUCUGUCCAUAGCCGGAUUUGGCGGCGUGGGGAAGACCACUAUUGCGAUGGCGUUGUACCAAAAUGCCAGGGAUAAAUUUGAUUGUCGGGCAUCGGUCACAGUAUCUCAAAACUAUGAUCAGGGUGCAGUGCUCAGGAUGAUUCUGAAACAAGUCAAGCCACACGAGAGUGAUCCCAAUAUUGAAGGAAGGAGCCACAGCGAACUCAUGGAAGAACUAAAAACUUAUCUGGCCGAAAAGAGUAAUAAGUUUGUCAUCAAUUACCAAAACCUGAAGCAAUAUCUCCUCCUGAUUGAUGACAUAUGGUCUGCACAAACAUGGGAGAAUAUCAGAAAAUGCUUGCCACAUAAUGAUAAAAAAGGCAGCAGAGUAAUAGUGACUACAAGAUUUCAGGCUGUUGGUAGUGCUGCUUGCUCACGAAGAGCAGAAAUUAAUUUUCUUCAUUCAGUCGAUUUUCUUAGUGAUGAAGAGUCUAAAAAAUUGUUUGAUCAAAGUGUUUCUGAAUCCAACAACAACAUAGGUAGUGAGAAAGAACUCCCACCUGAAGAUGUAUGGAAAAUAUGCAGGGGUCUGCCUUUGGCCAUAGUUACCAUGGCUGGUAUUGUUGCUAGCAACCCUCGCAAAUCCAUCAAAGACUGGAAAGAGGCAUGUAACUCAUUAUUUCCAGAGUUGAUGCCUUCUCUGACCCUGGAUGGUGUUACAAGGAUACUCGAUUAUUGCUACAAUGAUUUGCCUGCAGAUCUCAGGACCUGCUCUUUGUACCUGAGCAUAUUUCCUAAGGGUUCAAAAAUUAGUAGGAAGCGUUUCACCCGGAGGUUGAUAGCCGAAGGUUUCGUUAGUGAGAAGCAAGGCUUGUCAGAUGAAGAAGUUGCAGAAACAUACUUUAAUCAGCUGAUAAAAAGGAAGAUAAUACGUCCAGUGGAGCACAGCAGCAACGGGAAGAUAAAAAGCUUUCAAGUGCAUGAUAUGGUCCUUGAAUAUAUUGUUUCGAAGUCAAGCGAAGAGAAUUUUAUUACUGUGGUUGGUGGCCACUGGCUGGUGCCAAUGCCGACCAAUAAAAUCCGCCGACUCUCUGUACAAAGCAGUGGUUCUGAGCAUGGGAAUUCAACGAAACACAUGAACUUAUCGCAAGUGCGAUCUCUGACCAUGUUCCGGAGCCUAGACCAACUUCAUUUCCAUUCUUUCAAUAAUGGAAUUUUACAAGUCCUGGAUCUUGAGGGUUGCAAGGGUUUGAAAGAGAAACAUCUGAAUGACAUGUGUAGAAUGCUUGUACUGAAGUAUUUGAGCCUUAGGCAGACAGAUAUUUCCAAAAUACCCUCUAAGAUUGCAAAACUCGAGUACCUAGAAACUCUUGACCUAAGGGAGACGAAUGUUACUGAGCUCCCAAAAUCUGCAGGACAGCUCAAACGGAUAAUUAAUAUAUUUGGCGGGAAUAAAAGCUCAAGGAAGGGUUUAAAGUUGCCUCAAGAGAUAACUAAGGAGACAAUGAAAGCACUCCGUGUACUGUCAGGGAUCGAGAUUGAUGACAAAUCAACAGGUGUUGCUGGCCUCCAUCAAUUGACGGGGCUUAGGAAGCUUGCAAUUUACAAGCUCAGAUUACAGAAGGGUAGUGAAACCUUGACACAGUUAGGCUCUGCUAUCGAGUAUCUUGGCAGCUGUGGUCUGCAGACUCUGGUGCUCAACGACGAGGGAUCUGAUUUUAUCAACUUGUUGGACACCAUGUCCGGCGCACCUCCAAGAUACCUCAGUGCCCUUGAGCUCUCUGGCAAUUUGAAAGAUGUUCCCCAGUGGAUUACCAAACUCAGUAACCUCAACAAGUUGACCCUUUCUGUGACAGUUCUCCGGACAGAUACUUUUGUGCUCCUGCGCGACCUGCCUUUGUUGUUUUCCCUCACCUUUUCGCUGAGUGCAGCGAAGCAGGAUGAGGCCAUAGUGGACAUCAUUGAUGAUAACAAAUCACAGUCUGGUGGGGUAAUCUACGUUCCAGGUGAGGGAUUCAAGAGUCUUAAGCUGCUUCGCUUCUUUGCACCUCUAGUGCCAAAGCUGAGCUUCCCAGAAGAUGCAAUGCCAGCACUUGAAAGGAUCGAGAUGCGGUUCGAAGCCUUUGAGGGCCUUUUCGGUGUUGACACCCUGAAAAGUCUCAAGGAGGUGCACCUCAGAGUCAAUAGCACAGCAGAUGACAUAACCAACUUCAUAGUAGAUGAUUUGAAGGCCAUCAAGGCGCCAAAGAUAAUCGUGGAUCAUGUUAUCAGCAGCUGA